GCUCAGGCGGGACAAAGCACUUGUUGUAAGGCUUCAGUUUGAGCGGACACCGUUGUCUCUGUCUCUGCCUGGGACUGGACAGUUGAAGAAGACAAAUAAUUUUAAUUUUGUUUCUUGAAGAGUAAGAUUUAUAUUAAAUCAGGUUACAUUUCUGCAGGACGUUAUAUUUGUUUCUCACCGCUUCAAAAGGUCUUCGUUCACCGCGAAGGAGAAGUUUUCUCAGGAAACCGACGCCAACCAGACUUAACGACUUUGAUUCGACUCAGUGAAUCUCAGUUACCAAGAUGUUUUCAGGAAUGUUUGAGAAGCAGCACUACGACAGUCCGCCUGUUUACAGCCCUCCUUUCUCCUCGCCAUCCAACAAAAGCUACGGCGCUCCAGGCAGCUUCCACGGCCCUCAGAGCGACUACAACGCCUAUCCACCUGCGCCUGGAUCUUACUACAUCGAGGACAAACCUCAGCACUUUUACAAAUGGCUCUCACCUCCAGGCAUCAUCAAGGCCAUGAUGGUGACGGUGGUUGUGCUGUGUGUGGCCAUAUUUGCAUGUGUGGCCUCCACACUGAUGUGGGACAUGCAGUAUGGAUACGGAGCAGGAGGGGGUUACUACGGCUCUGGGCUAGGCUACGGCGGUGGAUAUUCAGGAGGCAGCUACGGCUCAGGAUAUGGAGGCUACGGAGGCUACGGAGGCUACGGCAAUGGCAACUACUAUGGCUCCUACGUCUCACCUUACUCAGCCAAAACUGCCAUGAUCGCCAUGGCUGCCAUCAACUUUGUGGUAUCACUGGGGUUCUUCAUCUCCAGCUUCUCCAAAUCGCCAAUGUUCCGAAGUAGGAAGUUCUUCCUUGCUGUCCUGAUAACCUGCAUCAUCGUGGGACUCCUGCAGGGCAUCAUCAACAUUGUCUACAUAGUUGGAGUGAACCCCAUGGCUCAGGGCUCCUCCAGUAUGAUGUACAACCCCAUGCUCAUGAUGUGCCAGAAUCUGUACCAAACCACUUACUCACAGAUGGGAGGAGUGGGAGGUUUCCCCAUUUACAACCAGUACCUCUACCAUUACUGCUUUGUGGACCCACAGGAGGGCAUUGCCAUGGCGUGUGGAUUCCUGGUAGUAAUCGCUCUGGGUGUAGCAGCUUUCUUUGCAUUCAAAACCAGAGGAAAGAUCUGGCGCUAUGGGAAGCCAAAUAUUUACUGGGAGGAGCCUCUCGUCGGAGGGAAGGCCUCUGAGGGUCGUGAUGUAGAGGAAUGGGUGAACAAUGUGGAGGAAAACCGCAGUGUGCAGGACGCCCCGACUCUGCUGGUGUCCGAGAAGGGAGCGGGGCUGCUCAAUUCCUCGGCCAACAGUGUCCUCUCCUUCCCGCCUCACAAGACCAACAGCAGCGUCUACAAGGACGAACCCUACGACAACGAAUACUCAGAGAGGACCAUCAGCAGACCUUCGGAGGCCCAUUCCCACAGAGGAAGAACCAGCUCCAGUCUCUCGGAGGAGACGAGCGGCGGCAGAAAACCUUCUGCAAACAGGGGCAAGAGACGCAGGCGCAACCCCGACUUUGAUGAGUCUCAGUACGAGACGGAGUACACCACGGGAGGAGAGACGGGCAACGAGCUGGACACAGAGGAGUGGGAGAGUUCCUACCCAGAGAUAACAACUGAUGUUCAGCGUCAAGAUUACAAGAGAGAGUUUGAUGCUGAUCUAAGGAAUUACAAGCGCAUGUGUGCAGAGAUGGACGACAUGAACGACCAGCUGAACAAACUCAGCCGUCAGUUGGACACACUGGAUGACACGUCUGAUAAAUACCAGGAUGUAGCAGAGGAAUAUAAUCGUUUAAAGGAUCUGAAGCAGACACCAGACUACCAGUUCAAGAAGAGAGAGUGUCGCAGGCUGAGACGCAAACUGUUCCACAUCAAACGCAUGGUGAAGAACUACGACAAGAACCACUCGUGAACCUGCUCAGUCAUGAACCUUCACCUCUCAGAAAACACUCACGGACGCACUCCACAGUGAAACAGCUGACUGACACCAAAGUUACCUGCACAGCAACACACACACACACACACACACAUAAAAUGGAAUGACACACUUUAACACAGGCACUGAAAAUGAAGUGUAUGGUAACAAUUAAAACCUAAACUUGUUUUGAAAAAAGGAAACGCUGCCAUCGUUUAACAGUUUUUCAUUUUAAUGGCGGAUCAUUUCAGAGUCGUCUCCUUCAUUCUGCUGGUUUGGUUUCAGUGUUUUAGUCACUGAUAAGAACAGAAACAAUAUUGUGGACGUUGUAGUCGUUGGCUCCACAGUUUGAAACAAAUUAUUACCACAAAGUAUGCAGUAACUUUUAACCCUUUGGCCUCGGUGUUAUCUGUGCUGUAGAUGAACUUCAGUUUUAACCAAUGUCACUGUCAGUAAAGUUAACUGCUAUCUGCCAAGACUAGCUGUAUAUUUCUCAACCUCUAUACAUCUGCUGAUUGUCACGAACACAAGGGAGACCAAAAACAGGGCGAAACCUGGCCAAUAAGAAACGUAAUGUGAUGUUUGUACAUAUGCAAAAUGAUUUUUGUCCAUUGUGAGCACCAGGAACAAAUUAACUGUAGAGUUUUUUCCUCAACAUUUGCUCUAAAUAGUUCAGAUGUAUGGUGAUUUUUUUUCUUUGUUGUUUUAGCUAUGCAAAAAUGGUUUUACUGUAUUAUUUAACAUGUCGACAUCUCACUUUUCUCACUGUCUAUAAGCUGAACAUAUUUUCCCCCUGAUUAUGCACCAGUAAAAAAUAAUUGUUGUUUUUGUCAUCUUCAUUUUUUAUUAUUAUUAUUAUAAUCUACUGUAUAUUGUGACGUUGUUUGGACACCGUUUUAAUUUGUCGCCCUCUUGUGUUUUUACAGAUAACGUUGUUUUCAUUUGCAAACCGUUUUGUGAGUCAUUUAUUUUUGUAUCAUCGUUUUCUUUUACUGAUGUUCUAAAGGAGCAUUCUUUCUUCCAUAUGGGGGAAUGCUCACAAAGUAUUGAAAGCAGUAAUAAAUAUUAACAUUUCCGUCAAUGUUCCUUA